AGGACCGAAAUUCAGGGACGCUGAGAGCCUGGAUUAUGGAUUGGAAGUGUACGCGUGUUUCUGGUUGAUUGGAGGCGAGACGGGCCGUCGACCAAGGCUGUCGCGAAAUAGGAGUUGAUUAGCACAACACAAUCACGCAGGACACAGCCUGGAGCGUUUUUCUACAUCCACAUUUCUAAGGAUGAGGUGCGAAUAAUAAGGCCUUCACUCCUUGAAGAAAAAGAGGGCUGUUCCAUGAGGUGCGUGUCUAUCGACGAUAUCGUGUUGUGCGCAUCAACCGCUGCCCUCCUUGAGGAGAGUAUGAGCAAGCGCAGUGUCCGCUAUCUUAACUGGGCGACUCUAAAGCCUCCUUUUUUUUUUUUGCGAAGGCCACCGAUAAAUACAAGAGCCCAGCCGCUCCCGCUUCGUCACAUUGCACGCUCCUCGACCAUUCGAUUGUCAAGUUUUCAUUUGGAAAUUCGCAAUAUUUUAGUUGCUGUGGAAGGAAACUGAUUUCACCGGACAUUUUGAGAAAGACGGAAAAAAGGACUACAACAUUGCAAUCUUCUGGCGUCUUCCAUUUUCGUGAACUACGAGAUCAUCUAGAAAAAUGGUUUCCAAAGUGUUGGUCAUCCUCUUGGCAGUUGCCGUCUUGAGCCAGGCCGUCCUCAGCCUCGAUCCGCAUUACUUUGACGAAGUGGCAGACGAUCAGAUGGCUAACGAACAACAAACUGCUGGACUGAACUAUUUUACUGACAACGCUGAAAAUCUAAUGGAAAACGCCCAAAAACGUUCGCCUUUGAUUUAUGUUUCCAGACGAUCUUGCAUCCGCCGCGGAGGAAGCUGCGACCACCGGAGGAACGAUUGCUGCUUCAGCAGCUCCUGUCGCUGCAACCUGUGGGGCUCCAACUGCCGAUGCCAUCGGGCCGGACUCUUCCAGAAAUGGGGCUAAGAAAACCGACCCACUCAAAAAGAAAACAAACAAAGGAAUUGAUUCGGAAAAAAUUCAUUUCUCAAUACCUUCCCCAAAAGAAUAUCCCAAACACGACGGAGCAGAUCUCAGCCCUCACUAAAGAAACAUCACCAGCCAUCAGGACAAAGCAUCAAAUAAUUUCAAUUACCAAUACGUUUUUAGGAAAAAAAAGAUUAUUUAUUAAAACCAACUUCCUAUUUUAUUUUUUUUGUCGACAUAAGCAAUUUUAUUAAUUCAUUGGUUUUCAGGCUCCAUUUCAUCUUUUUCGAAGGAAAUACUAGCCGUUCUUGUCGAAAAGGGAAAUCGCUUUCCAGACCCUCCACAUCCAAAAUUUAAAGAAUUUAUUACGUAAGUCAAGAAGAGAAAAUCAACGGUCAUGUUUUCAAAACAAAAAAACAAAAAAAAACCUGAAUUGAAAAAUGAGUUUAUAUGAAUUUUUCAUUUUCUCAAUAUUCUUCCACGACACAUGAUAUUUUAUUUCUAUAUAUUAAUAUAAAUUGUUUUAAAAUAUGAUUUUAAUAUCAGAUUGGCUCUUUAUAUCUGUUUCUGCCCCUCAAAUCAAGACAAAAUGGGGCAUCUCUGUCUAUUUCCAUACUCCUGUGUAAUUCCCAGCUAUUUUUUGUUUCAUUGUUCAAUGUUCAAGUCACUGUUGUAUUAUUAAUAUAACACAUAAUUAAUUGUA